AUGUGUCUACAAUAUACAAUAAACACAGGAUAUGUGUGUCUACAAUAUACAAUAAACACAGGAUAUGUGUGUCUACAAUACACAAUAAACACAGGAUAUGUGUGGCUACAAUAUACAAUAAACACAGGAUAUGUGUGGCUACAAUAUACAAUAAACACAGGAUAUGUGUGUCUACAAUACACAAUAAAUACAGGGUAUGUGUGUCUACAAUACACAAUAAACACAGGAUAUGUGUGUCUACAAUACACAAUAAACACAGGAUAUGUGUGUCUACAAUAUACAAUAAACACAGGACAUGUGUGUCUACAAUAUACAAUAAACACAGGAUAUGUGUGUCUACAAUAUACAAUAAACACAGGACAUGUGUGUCUACAAUACACAAUAAACACAGGAUAUGUGUGUCUACAAUAUACAAUAAACACAGGACAUGUGUGUCUACAAUAUACAAUAAACACAGGAUAUGUGUGUCUACAAUAUACAAUAAACACAGGAUAUGUGUGUCUACAAUAUACAAUAAACACAGGAUAUGUGUGUCUACAAUAUACAAUAAACACAGGGUAUGUGUGUCUACAAAAUACAAUAAACACAGGAUAUGUGUGUCUACAAUAUACAAUAAACACAGGACAUGUGUGUCUACAAUACACAAUAAACACAGGAUAUGUGUGUCUACAAUAUACAAUAAACACAGGAUAUGUGUGUCUACAAUAUACAAUAAACAUAAGAUAUGUGCGCAUAUAAUAUGAAAUAAACACAAGAUAUGUGUGUCUACAAUACACAAUAAACACAGGAUAUGUGUGUCUACAACAUAAAAUAACAUAGGAUAACGUGUGUCUACAAUAUGAAAUAAACAUAGGAUGUGUGUGUGUACAAUAUACAAUAAACACAGGAUAUGUGUGCUUAAAUUACAAGAUAAACACAAGAUAUGAGCGUCUACAAUAUACAAUAAACACAGGAUAUGUGUGUCUACAACAUACAAUAAACACUGGAUAUGUGUGUGUCUACAGUACACAAUAA